AUGUCCUCUCGCACUCGGGUAACUGGUGAGCAUGUUAAGGAACAGGGGAAUGUGGCCUUUAAAUUGGGCGACUACGCAUUGGCAAAAUCUCUCUAUACACACGCCAUGCGUUUUGACCCCAAGAGCCAUAUCUACCUACUCAAUCGACCCUUUGCGAACCUGAAGCUUAGACGAUGGGAAGAAGCGGUCGUGGAUGCAAGCAAAGUCCUCGAACAUUCCCCAUACAAUUUGAAGGCCCUAUUAAGGCGAUCACAAGCUCAUAGGGAAUUGGGACAGUGGUCGGAUGCAAAGAAAGAUAUCCAGACUUUUAUGGCCCAUGGAGGAGAUUCCCAAGUUGCUAGUAAAGAAUUAGAGAGCAUCACAAGCGCACAGGAAAGCAGUCCAGUACCAACGUCAACGCAGAAGCUCGAACAUGCCAUGGCUCCUCUAUGCAGCGAGAUGCUAGUUGACAACCACCCUUCUUUUAUCAUCAGCAACUCCACCUCUAUACCCAAAGGUGUCGGUGCAUUUGCCACACGAAAUCUUAAAUGCGGAGAAUUGAUAUUAUCAGAAGUCCCCACAUUCACCAUCUUGGAAAAUCUUUCUGAACGUGCAAAGGUUGCCUCAAUUGAGUCGGAGGUCCUUUCACUUUCUCCAGUUAUACUUAACCAAUAUCUGUCCCUCCAUAAUUCACAUGAUGAUUGCGGCUGCGACCGAGGCAAUUCAAUCAUAGUCGGAAUAUACGCCACCAACACUUUCACUUUAACUGACAAUAAAGCAGGAAUUUGCAUGAAGUCGUCCAGGUUCAACCAUUCCUGUGCGCCAAAUGCACGAUACUCCUUCAACGAGCGCAAAGGACAGAUGACAGUGCACGUGUUGACUGAUAUCAAGAAGGGCGAAGAGAUCUUUGUCAUGUAUAUCAUGGGCAGGGGUCUCUAUGGGACACCUUCUUCGCGCAGGCAGAAGGUGCUAAGACAGAGGUACCAUUUCACAUGUGCAUGCAAAAUCUGCUCCCUUCCACCCGCAGAAGCAAUGAUGAGCGAUUCCCGGCGCGAAAGGCUUGAUGUUCUGUGGAACCUCAUACCUCGGUUUACGCCCACGCAGGGAAUUCAGCGGCUGAAAGUCAUCGUCCAAGCCGUGCAGUUGAUGAAAGAAGAAGGGUACCACGCAGAUGCAGAUGAUUACACAAACGAUGCGGGUGUGGUGUGCGCAUACCAUCGCGAUUGGGAAUCAACAAAGUACUGGACGGAGAUGACAUAUAGGAUUAGGGUUGAAGAGUUUGGAGAGGAUAGUUCGAGGGCUGAGGAAGGAAUAAUAUUUGCAAAUUCGUUGUAG